UAGUAUACAAAGCAAGAACCUCACAGGCACUGUAAGUUUAACCCCAACUUGAGUUGAUGCCUCAUUUUCCAAUUCCUCCUGCUUCUUUUUCUUGACCCAAUUUAGAUGCUUCUUCAUUAUAAUCUACGGCAAGUUCUAGCAUAUUGAUUGAGAAUUGAAAUGGCUCAAGAUUUGGCAAACCCAGAUGAACCGGUUGUUCUUGGUGAAGAAAUUGACCGUGUGAGAUUGAUCACCCUGAACCGGCCACGUCAAUUGAAUGUCAUUUCACCGAAAGUGGUUUCUUUGCUAGCAGAAUACCUAGAGAAAUGGGAGAAUGACGACGAUGCAGAGCUAGUGAUAAUCAAGGGAGUUGGCCGUGCGUUUUCUGCCGGUGGGGACUUGAAAGUGUUCUAUGAUGGCAGGAAAUUGAAGGAUUCCUGCCUUGAGGUGGUUUAUAGAAUGUAUUGGCUUUGCUAUCACAUUCAUACCUACAAGAAGACCCAGGUUGCUCUUGUUAAUGGAAUAUCCAUGGGUGGAGGUGCAUCUUUGAUGGUUCCAAUGAGAUUUUCUGUGGUCACGGAAAAGACCGUUUUUGCCACUCCAGAAGCAAGUAUUGGGCAUCACACUGAUUGUGGGUUCUCAUACAUGCUAUCCCAUCUUCCCGGGCAUUUGGGAGAGUAUUUCGCCUUAACAGGAGCAAGGUUGAAUGGCAAGGAAGUGGUUGCAGCUGGACUUGCCACCCAUUUUGUUCCUUCGGAGAAAUUGCUUGAGCUAGAGAAGAAAUUGAUAAGCUUAAACUCGGGAGAUGUAAAUGCAGUCAAUUCUGUGAUUGAGGAAUUUUCAGUAGAAGUGCAGAUUGACGAAGAAAGUGUUCUAAACAAGCAGACAGUAAUAGAUGAGUGCUUUUCCAAGGAUACUGUGGAGGAGAUUUUAAAAUCACUGGAAAUGGAGUUAGGCAAAGAAGGAAAUGCUUGGAUUGGUGGAGUGCUCAAAGGGUUGAAACGAUCAUCCCCUACUGGAUUGAAAAUUGCACUAAGAUCGAUUCGUGAAGGAAGGACUACAAAACUGUCUGAAUGUCUAAAGAAAGAAUUUCGGUUGACAAUUAACAUACUGCGGAGCACAAUAUCUGGCGAUAUUUAUGAGGGCAUCAGAGCGCUCACCAUUGACAAGGACAAUAAUCCAAAGUGGGAUCCUCUGACCCUGGACAAAGUGAACGAUGUCGAAAUGGACUUGGUUUUUCAGCCAUUCGAGGAUCAUUUGGAGCUCCAGAUUCCUGAGAAAGAAGAGUGCAGGUGGGAGGGGAAAUAUGAGAAUUCAGCCUAUGCAACAUUGCAGCCGAUUGACAAAUAGAUAUAAUUUUUUCGCUUAGCAGCUACCCGUUUGUUGAGUUCGUUCUGUUUCUUGGUCAAAAGUUAUGGUGUGUUUGGCUGCGAUGUGAUUACGACGUCUCUCCGAGUUUAUUUUGCCGACUCUAGUAGUGGAUGAAAAGCUUUCUGCUGUAGUUACAACUAAAAAAGCAUGAACAUUAUCAGUACAGGAAGCCCUGCAUUUUCUUCA